GUGUUUGGAAUGAAAAUUGCGGAAGGGAAAAAAACGACACUCCCUCGCUCUCUCUCUCUCUCUCUGUCUCUAUUUCAUUUAUUUCUUCUUCUCGGAGACUUUGAAGAAGACAGAGAAGAAAAUUGCAGAGAGUUCUGCUUUCGGACAUUAAGCUCAUGAGUCAUGACUUCUUCAAUCCAUGAGCUUUCUGCUUGUCCAGAUAACGUUGAAAGUCAUGAGAAGCAAGAACUGAGAGAUUCUCAAAUCCAAAUCCAACCACCAAUUCCUCCAGGUAGAAAUUCUGAUUCAAUUGCUACAAGCUUAGUCCACUCGGAACAGCUUCCUCACUCCAUGGCACCUGGACACUACCCAUAUCCAGAUCCUUACUACAGAAGCAUCUUUGCACCGCCUUGUGAUGCGCAAGCGUUUUCUCCACGACCCUAUGCUGGGAUACAUCUACAGUUAAUGGGAAUCCAGCAACAAGGUGUUCCUUUACCAUCUGAUGCAGUCGAGGAACCUGUUUUUGUUAACGCAAAGCAAUACCAUGGAAUACUAAGGCGCAGGCAAUCUAGAGCAAAACUUGAAUCUCAGAAUAAAGUUGUCAAGUCACGCAAGCCGUAUCUGCAUGAAUCUAGGCAUUUGCAUGCGAUAAGACGACCAAGAGGAUGUGGUGGUCGGUUUCUCAAUGCCAAGAAGGAGGACGAGCGUCAAGAAGACAGUCAUGAAGAAAAUUCCAACCUUAGCUCUGAUAAAUCCGCCAUGGCUACUUCUAGUGGUACACUUUGAGAAGGUCUUCCAUACGUAGCUUUGUUCUGUUUUGGCUAUGUUUGGUCUCAGAUCAUCGUCUUUAGUGUAUGGUAUAAAAUCUUUGUAGAAAUGUAUAGGUUCUUGGGAGCAAUUAGGUCAACGUCAAGUGGGUUUUAGACUUGUGAUUAAAAAAAUAAAACCCAUGAGGAAGAAAGGAAAUAAAGAAAUGUCUUGAAGUUUAAGUUUAAGAAACAAUGCUACUGAUAUUGUUUUGUUGUAAGAAAUUUUGGUAAUAAAACGAAGAAAUGAGAGAA